AUGACAAUGACACAAAACUACCGCAUGUGCCUCACCGAAGCCCGGAAGCGCAACGUGUACAUUGUCGCCCGCCUCCUCAACGACAGCGCGUCCAAGAGCAAGCUGCCGGCGACCAAGCUCUCGGCCAAGCUGCCACUGGUCGCGUACAAGAUGGAGCACCGCAUCAACGAAGUCGCGCGCGGCCGCGUCCUCGACGAAAAGACCAUCAAGGUCCUCCUCUUGCACUUGAUCCAGCAAGCCCACCGCCGCCGGCGCCAGCAGCACCAGCUCCAGCAGCAAUUCACACAGCAACAACAACAGCAGCAGCAAGUACCCCAAACCCGGAGCGUGUCGACAGCCGCCGUGGCGGCCGCCGUCUGA